AUGGGGAAUCAAGUUGAUAGAAAGUUUACUUGGGUGAUUAAGAAUUUUUCCACUUUGCAAUCUGAAAAAAUCUAUUCAGACGAAUUUGUGAUCAGCGGCUGCAAGUGGCGUCUUCUAGCCUUUCCCGAGGGAAAUAACAGCCCUAAUAAUUUUUCUCUGUAUCUGAUAGUUGCUGAUUAUGAAUCAUUGCCUUCUGAGUGUAAAAGGAACGUAUUUUUUACGUUUACUCUAGUAAACCAACUUCAUGAGAGACUCUCACGAGUGAAAGUAGCAAGAAACUGGCUAGACCAGAAGGCACCAGACUGGGGUUUUACAUCCAUGAUUUCCCUUAUCGAACUUCAUGCCAAAGAUGGUGGAUAUCUUUUGAACGAUGAACUCAAGAUUGUUAUUGAGUUAUAUGUUCUUGAAGUUAUUGGCAAAUUAGAUGUACCAGAGGAAUCUAAGGAGGCAACCAAACCUCUGAAAACGAUGAAUCACAAUGAUGAUGACGAGGACAUCCCAGGAGAUUUGGUGGAUGUCAAUGGGUUUCAAGUUCUUCCUUCACAGGGUGAGGUUUGUGUCCUACUGGUUUUGGUUUUGAUCACACCUUCUUUUUACUCAAAGGUGGGUUUAGCGAGGCUUAUCUUUGAAGAACACCCAGCGACUGCAUUAGAAUGCCGUACAAAGAACCAAAGUCUGAGGACAUCAUACAUGAAUCUCCUCUUAAGCCUCAUCAAGAUGCUCUUCAAAGGACCUGAGGAACAAUCCAAGGAUGAUCUGUCUGAUGCAGAAGCUGCUCUGGUAUACAUGACAAGUUUAGCGUUUAAGUUGGAUUGGUUGGAGAAGAAACUUAAUGAAGUAAAAGAAAGUUAA